AUGUCCUCGAGCCUAUCUCCCGUCACGCCGUCCCAGAGCUAUGGCGGCGGCGGCGGCCAGGAUAAGAGCCCGCUGGGAUCGCUGAAUCUGAACUUUCUCAAGACACUCACGGACAAGAGAACGACCCGAGCAGAUGGUUCUGCCCCGAAAAGGAGAGGCCCCAAGCCAGACAGCAAGCCUGCUCUGACCAGGCGGCAGGAGCUGAACAGGCAGGCACAACGGACUCAUCGAGAAAGGAAAGAGCUCUACAUCAAAGCUUUGGAGGACGAAGUCCUGCGGCUCAAGGAGGUUUACAGCAAUGCUUCGCAGGACAAGGAGCGUCUCGCCAGCGAGAACCAGCAGCUUAAGCAGCUGCUCGCACAGAACGGAAUAUCAUUGAGCGGCAUGAUCGGCGGCUUUGGAGACGACUCAACCAGCAACCCGAGCAUCGGCUACGCCUCCUCGACGAGCGGUUACGGGGGCGGCGCCCCGUCGUCGCACACGAGCGCUUUCACGCCGCCGCCGCUUUCGGCCAACCCAAUCGGCGGGCAGUCGCAUGCUGCGUCAAGGCAUGCAAACCACGAGCACAAGCAUCAGCCGCAUCACAGCCACAGCCACUCGCAGGGCCAUGGGCAGAGGAAUCCGGCGGUGGAUUAUGAUCAAGCUGGGAUCGACUUCGUCUUAACUCUCGAGAAGCCAUGCAUGGAUCACCUUCCAUGGCUGUUGGAGCGGGGAAUCGAGACCGGUGGCUCGGAUCCGUGUGGCCAUGCCCUGAUGGCGUCCUGCCCUCCGGAGCCGUUCCCGGAGCUGACUCCUGACAUCCCUUUCGGCUAUGCCAACGUCAAGGGUGGCGACAUCGACUCGGGUCAACGCACCUGGGAGCUCUCCAAGGCUGAUCUCAACACUCUUCUCGACCUGAGCAAACGCCUGAACCUUGACGGCGAGAUCACCCCAGUGAUGGCAUGGGGCAUGGUCCUAGCCCAUCCUCGGCUCGCUGAGAUGUCUCUCCAAGACUUCCAGAAGCUCACCGAAGAGCUCGGCCGGAAGGUCCGCUGCUACGGAUUCGGCGCGGUUAUGGAGGAGUUCGAGGUCCGCGAUGCGCUCGAGAACGUCUUCUCCACGAAGCCUGAAAUUUACUAUCAGCCCAGGAUGACCGAGUACGUUACUGGAUACUAG